AUGUUCACUACCUUCGUUAGCAUGCCGUCCACCACCUCUAGUACCUCUGCAUCUCCAGAACCUCCUCCACGACAACGUCCACGUCAAAAACGAAGUCAAGUGGCCAAAGCGUGCGAUUGGUGUCGAGUUCAUCGCAUCAAAUGCGAUAAUGAUCAUCCGUGUAACAACUGCAAAACCCGAGGGGGUAAUUGCAGUAAUAGCGGUGCCAUGAAGUUGGCAACACUUCCACACGCAUAUCGCGAGAUUGAACGUCUAAAGCAAAAGGUUCAAGAACUAGAGAAAGAACUUGAUAAAGAGCGCUCAAGCGACAAACAAAACAUGCAAAUGCUUCCUCCACACGGACUUCCUUCACCGCCGAACAGCAUAGGCAGUUCUCGGUCCGGACAUGACAUUGGAUUGAGCGGUAUGAGUGGUCUGAGUGGUAUGAACGGUCUUGAGUUCGAUGCCAAUACAAUCAAGAGGGAGUGGGAAGGUAUUCACAUUAGCACUGCACGUUCUCCACAAAAGACGUGGUAUGGCUCAGCAUCGCUGUACUAUUUCAUCGGGCGUCUUAAUACUUUCUUAACCGCUUCGCUGCACCAAAAACAUUCCGCUCAUGCCAUGUUACCGAAUUCGGCGAGUAAAGUACUCGAUGGACCGACUACUGCGGAUACAUCAGAUAACAAGAACGGACUAAUGGUCCCGAUAGAAGACCCGCUCAAUGUUGGCGACUAUCUUUCACCAACACAAGAAGAGUACUUUCUUGGUCUCUUCUGGCAAUCAUACUAUACCUCGAAUCCAAUCAUCGAUGAACAGGAAUUUAAGGAACACUAUCAAUCGUUAUGGAUAAAUUCGGACAAGGAGAGAAAGCCAUCCGCACUUGUCGAUAUCAUACUCGCAAUGUGUAUGCAGUAUGGCAUGUCUUUCCUGCCAAACAUAACACGCGCACAUAAUCCUAGCUCAAGAGCCAAUGUGAACGUCAAUGAUGCAACAAUUGCUGGCAGAUGGCAUUACCGACGCUGCCAGUCUCUUCUAGCUGCCGAUCUAGAAGCACCCACCAUAGCCACUCUUCAAUGCCAUAUCCUCUGCUCCAUAUAUCUCUGCUGUGGGUCAUUUCAGAACAUGGCAGACAGCGCCUGCAGUGCCGCUGUACGAACAGCCUACAUGCUCGGCCUGCAUGUUGAACCUCCCCAAGAAAUGCCAAGAAAAGAAAGAGAGCUACGAAAGCGUAUGUGGUGGACGCUGUACGUUUUGGAGAGCAAAAUGAGUAUGAAACUCGGUCGUCCAUUCUUGGUUCAUGAGUGCAAUACUACCUGUACACUUCCGACAGAUGAUCGCGACGUUGCUAUCGCUGCAGGACAGAGCUUUGCUCCUCUGGGUGAUAAUGUCACCUGGUUGACCUGGAAUCUACACAAUACCAAACUGCUACUGGUCGCCCGUUCGGCUUACUCUGCAUUUUAUGACACUCCAGUACCUAAUACGGUCAACGUAAGAGGAACGAUCUGGGAUGAUAUGCAGGCUCUUGGAUCAUAUGCGGAAAUGCUGGAACCACAUUUGGAGCGAAUGGAUGAAUGGCUCAGGGGCGUACCUAUGGCUCUCAAGACCGAUCGUCUCAACGGCGGAUCUCCCUUUUCCACAGACCUGUCUCAUAUCAAUAUAGAGCCAUUUGCACCACUUUGGCUUCAGCGUCAACGUCUCCUUCUCGAACUCAUGUAUCACAACUUGAGCACUAACCUGUGCCGACCAUUUAUCAUCUUCAGCCCAUCAGGCACACCUACCCCCCUCUCAGAACAAAUCGCUCUCAAAUGUGUGGGCCACGCCAUGCAGUUGACGCACAUAAUGCACCAUGUCAUCUUGUCGACGUCGAUCCUAGCAGGUUGGCAAGAAUCCUUCCAAUGGCAAUGGAAUUGCGCAAUGACACUCGUCGGUUAUAUCUUCGCAUAUCCACACGGCACACAAACCCGAGCAGCACGAGGUGCUCUCGACCUCGCUAUUGCUGUCUUUGACAACUUCGGGAAUAAUUUUGCCCAAGCCGCGAGCGCUGCUAACGUCAUGACUGAACUCAGUGCUAAAGUCGAUAUUCGUCUUGCGCAAACAUAUGAGAAACAGAUGAUGGUGCAACAGUCAAAAGCGAUUAUCAAACCCGAAGAAACACAGUCUGUCAUCAGUGCAGGAGACUCUGGCUAUGAAAGUCUUCUCGACGAUAGCUUCACUGGCAUGCAAGGUGUAGAUUCGUUGACUUUUGACAACGAGACAAAUGCAGAACUGCAAGAUAUAUUGGCUCAAUCUAUAGAUAUGACAUUCCCAGCAGAUUCAUAUACAGACUUUGAGAUGUUAUGGGCGAAUAUGGGGACGAUAUUUCCUGAAUAA